AGGUUUUGUUACAAUAGGUUUAUUCAAUUCAUGUGUUAAAAUAGUGCAUUACUGUGUAGGAUAUUAAAACCUCAUCACAGUUCAAAGUGAGCGUUUGUGACUUGACAAUGCGCAUGCUUAUUUUUGCUUUCUUACAUUAGCGCGAGACCCUUAUUUUCCAAAGCAACCGACAAACUUUCCUAAGGAUGGCCGAUUCGUCCACUCGCUCCGAGCUUCCACGCAUCAGCGACGACGACAUGUUGGAGAUGAACAAGGAAUUGGAGAGGAUGAUUGAAGACGUUGAAACGCACCUGACCUGGAUGGCCUAUGAUAUGGUGGCGUUGCGGACUAGUCCGGAGCUGGGAGUCUCUAUGCAAAAGCUGAAGGAAGCUUAUCUCAAAUGUAGAGCUGCUGUUUGCGGAGACCCUGACCAGGAGUCACAGAUUGAUAAAUCUGCUGAGACUGCUGUCACAACACUUUCUCAGAUGUGAUGCUUAUAAGAGUUUUGAGUUCACAAGUACCGCACUAGAAUUACCAAUUUUAACUUUUAAAUGUUAACAUUGAAAUCCCAGUGGAUCUGUUUGUUUUUGGUAGCUGGAGGUGGGCAUUUAAGCCUUGUUUAGUUCUUACUACUUGCACUAAAACAGUAUUUUGAUGGUUAAUUAUUCAUUUGAAUGGACUGUAAUGUUUGUUUUCUCACUAUUAAACUGCCC